AUGUUGUUCAAGCGCAAAAAAGAAGACGUUGCUGUCGACCCUGCGCCGGCUGGGCAACCCGCCUCGCCGCGAACGAGCGAGACUCACGAUGACCUCAAGAACGAGAAACAGCACCAGGGCAACCAUGCGCCAGCGAAGGCUACGGCCACGGAAGUGGACUACCCCGUCGGCGUCAAGCUGUUCCUGAUCAUGUUCUCGCUUCUGGUGACCAUGUUCCUCGUCGCAGUGGACCGCCUCAUCAUCGCCACCGCCAUCCCCCAAAUCACCGACGACUUCCACUCCGUCACCGACAUAGGCUGGUACGGCUCCGCGUACCUCCUGACCAGCUGCGCCUUCCAGCUGCUCUUCGGCAAGCUCUACGCCUUCUACAACAUCAAGCUCGUCUUCAUCGUCUCCGUCGUCAUCUUCGAGGUCGGCUCCGCCCUCUGCGGCGCCGCCCCGACUUCCGUCGCCUUCAUCAUCGGCAGGGCGAUCGGGGGCAUCGGUGGCGCGGGAAUCGGGGCCGGCGCCACUAUGGUCAUGGUCCAUUCCAUCCCGCUGCACCGUCGGCCCAAGUACCAAGGUCUCUUUGGCGCCGUCUUUGGCGUGGCGUCCAUCGCGGGUCCGUUGUUGGGAGGCGCGUUCACGACGGAGGUUACGUGGAGGUGGUGCUUCUAUAUCAACUUGCCGCUCGGAGGUGUCGCGCUGCUCGUCAUCUUCUUCCUCUUGAAGCCACCUGCGCAAGGGGAGGCCAGUAAGCUUCCGUUGGUGGAUAAGCUCAAGCAGCUCGAUUUCCUGGGCACGUCAGUCGUCGUGCCAGGGACGAUCUGCCUGCUUCUUGCAUUGCAAUGGGGUGGCGUCGAGUACGAUUGGAACAGCGGUCGAAUCAUCGCUCUUCUAGUCCUUGCAGGCCUUUUCCUCGUCACCUUCGUCACCCUCCAAGUCCUCCUCCCCAAGACGGCCACAGUGCCCCCGCGCAUCAUCAGCCAGCGCUCCAUCGCCUUCGCCGCCUUCGCCUCCUUCUGCCUCGGCGCGCAGGCCAUGAUGUUCACGUACUACAUCCCCAUCUGGUUCCAGGCCAUCAAGGGCUACUCGGCCGUCGACUCGGGCAUCCGCACGCUGCCGCUCGUCCUCUCCAUGAUGGUCUUCUCCGUCAUCACGGGCGGCAUCAUCACCAGGGUCGGCUACUACACGCCCGUGAUGCUGCUCGGGACCGCGCUCAUGUGCGUCGGCGCCGGCCUGCUGACCACCCUCAAGGUCGACUCCGGCGCGCCGCAGUGGGCCGGGUACCAGGUUCUUUACGGCGUCGGCAUGGGUCUGAGUUUCCAGGCGCCCAACGUCGCGGCGCAGACGGUGCUGGAGAUGAGGGAUAUCUCGGUGGGCAUAAGCAUCAUGAUGUUCAUGCAGACGAUCGGCGGCGCGAUAUCGAACUCUGUCGGGCAGAGCAUCCUCAGCAAUGAGCUUGUGGACAGGUUGAAGUCGAUACCGGGCCUGGCUGGUGUUGAUCUCCGGGGUGACGGCGCCACGACGCUUGUUGACCUGCCGGAGGACGUCAGGGGGCCGGCUUUGGAGGCGUACAAUGACUCAUUGAGGACGGUGUUCGUCGCUGGUUUGUCGAUCUGCUGUGCUGUUGUCAUCGGGGCUGCGGGUAUGGAGUGGAAGAGUGUGAAGAAGGAGCAGAUCGCCAAGAAGAAGGCCAAGGAAGACGCUGAGGCUGCUGCCGCUGCCGCGACAGCGGCCGAUGGUGCGGUUGUUCCUGCUGCUGUACCGACGGUUGCACCGGAAGGGCAGAAGGAGAAGGGGGAAGAUGGAAGGAGUGAGAGAGAUAACAGUGUGACGGUUGUUGGCGAAGGUGACAAGGAGGGGAGUAAGGGGCAUGAGACGACUGGAGAGUCGGGUGUGAAGACAGCAUAG